ACUCGACUGCGAGGUCGCCUCUGAGAUCGCGCGAGAGUUGUCCCAACUUUGAACGUAACAAUCCCAUUUUCCAAACACAUUCAUUCAUAAACGCACUCAUUUAUUUCUACUCUCGUAUGCAUUAAUUUAUGAAUUAAUCUCAACUGUACAUAUUUUUGAAAUUGUUUAAUUUAUCGUGUAAAAAGUUUUGUGGAGUUUGUUUUAAAAGUGAGUUUUAUGUAUGAACCGAAUUAUAUACCUACGAUAUACAGACGUAUUGCAAAUGAUUUAUUUCGGGCGAAAGUGUGAAAGAUAAAGUUUAAAUGAUUUACGAUACUGCUGCGACGUGGAAAGUUUUAAUGCUCUUUAAUUGUGGACAUUAGAUGGAAAAAUGCAUACGAAUGUGAAUUCGAGCGCCUUGGUGUACGACAAUUCAUCGGACAGUGGGUACACGCCGUACAGUGACCGAAUAGAGACUUACCUGGUGCCGGUGAUAUUUGCUCUCAUCUUCAUCGUAGGCGUCCUGGGGAAUGGCACGCUGGUCAUCGUUUAUAUCAGGCACAGGGGCAUGCGAAAUGCGCCUAAUACAUACAUAUUCUCCCUGGCGCUGGCGGAUCUCCUCGUCAUCCUUAUCUGCGUGCCUUUCGUAUCGGUCAUCUACACGCUGGAGUCGUGGCCCUGGGGCGAGGCUAUAUGCAGGAUAUCGGAGACGGGGAAGGACAUAAGCAUUGGAGUCUCCGUGUUCACUCUAACAGCUCUAUCGGCUGAAAGAUACUGCGCGAUCGUCAACCCUUUUAGGAAGCUACAGCUUCGCAAGCUCCCGCUAGUUUGCGCCACAAUCAUCUGGGCGGCUGCUCUGAUCUUCGCAGCGCCUGCAGCGCUAUUUUCCAGCACUAUCACUCAUGAUAUCGACAACAACGUAUCGAUUAUAUACUGCUCGCCCUAUCCUGAGACUUGGGAUAAUUAUGCUAAAUGGAUGACAUUAUCGAAAGCGAUCAUUUACUACGCGCUCCCGCUCCUCGUAAUCGCAUUCUUCUACUCACUGAUGGCGCAACGAUUGCUGGCAAGUACCAGGGAGAUGCCGGGCGCGCUACACGGCGGGCAAGGCGAAGCACAGGCAAAGGCACGGAAGUCUGUCGCUUGCAUGGUCUUGAUAUUUGUUAUUGUGUUUUUCAUCUGUUUCCUGCCAUAUCACGCUCUAGAAGUGUGGUUCUACCUAUCGCCGACGGCUCAGACAGACUACAAUGAUUUUAUUCAUGCACUGAGAAUAAUCGCAUUCUGUCUCAGUUUCCUGAACUCCUGCGUUAAUCCAGUCGCUCUAUACUGCGUGAGUGGAGUCUUCAGACAACACUUCAAUCGCUACCUCUGCUGUCGACGUAGUGCGCUCCACCCCACAUGCAGCUCUAGGCUGUCCAGAACUGCUAUAUGCGAGACCUCCUUUAGAAGCACCCAACGACACCGCUGCAAUAGGAACCCAACGGAGAGCAUCGUUAUAUCGAACUACGACUACGGCAGCACAAAGAAGAAGAAUAACAUCAUAUUGAGGAACAGUACUGACGGUGUCACCAUAAUGACAGUUAGGGAUUCCAAUGACUUCAUGAAUGACGUCAACGAAAAGCGUAUCGAAAGAUAGACGUUGAUGUAAAGUUAGGAAAAGGUGAAUAAUUCCAAUAAAUGAAUGUCUCCAGAGAAAGAAAGGAAAGUGAAUAAUUCCAAUAAUUUCAUGAAUUACGUUAGUGAAAAUGUGUUGAAGGUAACCAGUUAUGAAAAGUGAACAAUUUCAAUAACUUCAUGAAUGAUGUCAAAGAACAUGGUGUAAAAGUAAAAGAAAAUAAUUCCAAUAACUUCAGGAAUGACGUCAGAGAAAGAUAGAUAGUGAUGUAAAGUAAGGAAAAGUGAAUAAUUCCAAUAACUUCAUGAAUGGCGUCAUACAGAAUAAAGAUAGACAGUGAUGUGAAGUAAGGAAAAGCGAAUAAUUCCAAUAAUUUCGUGAAUAACUUUAAUAAAUAUUAUGUACUUAUGGGAAGAUAGUUAUGUAAAGUUAGAAAAGUGAAUAACGUCAUUGCGCAUGAAAAUUCCGCUAUGUGAAAAACCACAAGUUUUCAGGCGACUCCAUUAAACUUAAACUUUUUGAAAAAACUGUACUAUUUAAUCAAAAUCACAUAGCUAAAAAGAUUACCCCUUUGACUAGCACAUACGCUAGCACGGGUAAUUUCAUGCCUUUCAAGAUUGAACAAAAUGACAUCAAAAACGAAAAUUCUUUAAAAAUACAUAGCGGAUUUUGCAUGCGCAGAUGAGUUCAUGAAUUAUGUCAAAGAUAGACAGCUAGUAAUUAAUGUAAGAUAAGAAAAUUGAAAAUAGAUACUAAUAUAUA